CGGCUAUCGGGCCCAUCGGAGGGCCGGGAGCGGCCAGGCCCAGAGAUGGCGCCAACCCCUAGCGACGAUAAAGUCUCCGAGUUCAGCGGUGAUGAAUGCCGAGUUCCCUUGGAGACGUGGAAGCUACGGAAGAGGCUCAGGCCAUGGACGCCAGCUGCCCAGAGCGGGAGGCCGGAACACCGGAGCCCGAGGCCGCAGGAGAGCCCGAGCCCCUGAGCCCUUCCAGUCCAGACGCUAAUCCCCCACCCCCACCAUCGCCACCGCCCCCCACGCCCCCAGGAGGCCCCGAGGAGAUGAAGGGGCAGGAGUCGGAGACAAGGCUGGAGGAGGAGUCUGGCGUCUCCUGGAGCGGGCCAGACGAGCUGGAGCUGCUGCUGCGGGACAGGCAGAGGUGCGUGCGGGCUCGGCGCAGCCUCACCGAGGGCCUGUCCUGGGGCCCGUUCCGCGGGGACGUCCAGAGCAGAGCCUCGUCCCCUGGGCAGGUGGAACCGGGCCCCGCCCUGACGCUGCUGCUGGAGGACCAGCCCUGCUGGCUGACGUCGCUGCCACAGGCCCUGACCGAGGCCGAAGCCAACGCGGAGAUCUACCGGAAGGAUGAAGCCCUCUGGUGCAGACUCACCAAGCCGGUGCCCGCGGGCGGCCUGCUGAGCGUGCUGCUCACGACGGCCGAGCCCCGGGGCACCCCCAGCCACCCUGUGAAGGAGGAGCCGGCAGAGCCCGAGUGCCCGGCCCCUGCCGACAUCCAGCUCCUGCCCCAGCAGGCCGGCAUGGCGUCCAUCCUGGCCACAGCGGUCAUCAACAAAGACGUCUUCCCCUGCAAAGACUGUGGAAUCUGGUACCGCAGCGAGAGAAACCUGCAAGCCCACCUGCUCUACUACUGCGCCAGCCGCCAGACCACCGGCUCCAUGGCCGCCGCCGACGACAAGCCCAAGGAGACCUACCCCCACGAGCGUGUCUGCCCCUUUCCCCAGUGCCGCAAGAGCUGCCCCAGCGCCAGCUCCCUGGAGAUCCACAUGCGCAGCCACAGCGGAGAACGCCCCUUCGUAUGUCUGAUCUGCCUGUCGGCCUUUACCACCAAGGCCAACUGUGAGCGGCACCUGAAGGUGCACACAGACACUCUGAGCGGUGUCUGCCACAGCUGUGGCUUCAUCUCCACCACAAGGGACAUCCUCUACAGCCACCUGGUGACCAACCACAUGGUCUGCCAGCCGGGCUCCAAGGCUGAGAUCUACUCACCAGGGGCCGGGCACCCCACCGCCAAGCUCCCCCCAGACAGCCUGGCCGGCUUCCAGCAGCACACGGCCCUGCACGGCCCCCUGGCUUCUGCUGACCUGGGCCUGGCGCCCACCGCAUCGCCAGGACUGGACAGGAAGGCCCUGGCAGAGACCACCAAUGGAGAGGCCAGAGCCGCCCCCCAGAACGGGGGCAGCAACGAGCCCCCGGCAGCGCCCCGGGCCAUCAAGACGGAGGCCACCACGGAGGAGCCCGAGGCGGAGCCAGGGCCCACGGCCGCAUCGCGGUCACCCUCACCGCCCAGCCCCGCUCCGGCCAGGGUGAAGGCCGAGCUGUCCAGCCCCACGCCCGGCUCCAGCCCUGGCCCCGGCGAGCUGGGGCUGGCGGCCGGCGCGCUCUUCCUGCCGCAGUUCCCCGCCGCGCCCCCGGCCUCAGAGAUCCUGGCCAAAAUGUCCGAGCUCGUGCACAGCCGGCUGCAGGCGGGAGCGGGGGCGCAGGCCUGCCUCUUCACGGGGGCCCCCAAGGGCGCCACGUGCUUCGAGUGCGACAUCACCUUCAACAACGUCAACAACUUCUACGUGCACAAGCGCCUCUACUGCUCCGGCCGCCGCCCGCCCGACGACGCGCCCCCCGCGCGCAGGGCCAAGCAAUUCCUGCAGGUGGGCAUUCCUAACGCCAGGGGUCAGCAGCAACUCAUUUCUAUGGGCCAGCAGGCCAUCCAGGAGGCUGACCCUUGUUCUCUGGCAGCCCUGCACCCCAUCGCGCUGCUGCUCUGCCAUUCACCCAUCAUGCGGCUGAGACUUCAGAAGCCCAGACUACACGGAACAGAGGCGGCCACGGCGCAGGUUCCACGCUCUCGGGUGGACAGGGGCCAGCCCCCGUGA